UAACAACAUCAGUGACAGUUAUAAAGAUAAGCCAGACGUUAUGUUUCAUAUGCUCCAAUGCAUGUUUUCCACUCUUCAUCUCCAUCUCAAUAUAUAACCUCUACUUCCCCAUCUCUCUAUCUCCAUAAUCAAACUCUCACUAGAACCAUCAUCAGCAUCUGGAAAAGCUAGAAGAUACCUUCGGGAUCACGUAAAGCUGAGAAUUAUCAUAAAAACAUCGAGAAGAUCACUAACAAAAUGCGGAAACUAGCUUCAUUAGCAGCCAAGAACCUCAGUCACCUAUCUCCACCAAUUAACAACGGAGAACCGGGAUUCUCAAACGAAACACAAACAUGUUACCUGCAAAGUUGUGGAAGGUGGAAGCCUUACUCGAGCUCGACCGAAGCUGGAGCCAAUGCAUCCGUAAUCAUCAUCAUCCUAUUUUCCUUCGUUGUCUGUGCUAUGAGCCUCGGCACAGCCAUUCGUUGUUUCCUACGCAGGGGAGGAUCGGUAGCUCAUUCACUCACUCAGCAAGAGCCUGACCAGCAGAAGCCGGAAACUAAUGCAGCUGCUUCUCGGCUUCUGGAGAUAGUUCCCACUGUGAAGUAUUCUGCAGGGCUGAAACUUGCAGGAGCAGAGAGAGAAUGUACAAUUUGCCUGUCAAAGUUCGAGGAAGGAGAAGAAGUGAAGGUACUGCCAAGAUGUAACCAUGGUUUCCAUGUUAGAUGCAUCGAGCAGUGGUUGUCUUCCCAUUUAUCUUGCCCCGUUUGCCGCAGCCUUGUCCUCAUCCCCUCCAUGGUCACAGGGCAAGCUGAAAAUUCCCAGGCAACAACGGCUACUCCUGGAAACGAUACAGCAGAUGCAGCUUAGUGAUUUCCCCAGUUUUGUUUCUUUUUUAAAUACUCAUUCUCAACAUCUGUAAGCUUUCCACUUGUGGAAAUACAUCUCUGUUUCCAGCUUAGGCAAACUGUUAAUGCCCCUUAAACUCUACCUGGCUCCUGCUGUGGUGCAGGAGAAACACUUGGGAUCCAGAAGUUUCAAUACACUGGAAAAAUCAAGCUCAA